AUGGGCGCCAAGCAUCGUGGAAAGGCGGCCGCUGCAGCGCCUCUCUCGCUGGGCAUUUCUGCUGGAUCCCGCGAUGCCAAGUGCUCGUGCGCCGAGUUUUGCCUGGGUCUUGUGCUGGGCGUCACAUGCGUGUUGGUGCUACAUUUGCCGCUGGCAGCUGCUGUCAACUCGCCGGUGGGUCCCCGCGAAGGACCCUUGUCUGAGGAGUCCGACUCGCCACGGCCGGAUCCUGAUGGUCAUGAACCUGAGUUGGUUCUGGUGGCUGCUGCUGCGGAAACUCCUGGACCCCGGGUGCAUCGUGGUCAGGCCUGUGAAACGUUGCAUCGCCUUUCCGGGCUGAGCUGGCGAGUGAUCGAGCAGUGCAGUGAAGCCGAUUUGCAAGCCUUGGCUCGCUUGUGCCUGCCUGGCAAUUUGGCUGGCAUGCCACCUGCUACCCGUUCUCUGCUGUGCACGAUGGCGCAGACGCCCCUGGCGGAGAUCACAUGGGUGCAGCCGACAACGACGCGCCCUGCUGCACAUGAGCAGGCGAUGGCAUCUUCGAGCUCUGCGUCUUUUGACAUGUGCUUGCAGGCCCUCGAGAAUCGACUUUCGGAGCUGGAAGGAGUGGUUGGGACAGUGGUGACUUCCUCUAGACCACUUCGCCCUAUUCUGACACGUGUUCGCGAUGUGGAGCUCGAGCUGGCUUCUAGGACUUCUUGA